CCUUCUCUUUCUCCUCCUUAAGGGUAUUUGAUUUCAAAUGUCGAUCUGUUCCCCUAAGCCCAACGAAACAAAUACGCUAAGCUCUCCUAUCGCUGUCACUCAAAAUGGGAAAUCGCCGCCGCGCGGCAAUAUCAACCUCAACUCUUAUCCUUCAGCUGACACCACCUACGAUGAAAUACUUCAAAACCCAGAACUUUUCAUGGAGAAACUUAAUGCUUUACAUAGAUCCGUCGGCACUAAGUUCAGGUCGCCCAUCCUUGGAGGAAAGUCUUUGAAUUUACAUCAAUUGUUUGUAGAGACUACAUGUCGUGGUGGAAUUGAGAAGGCUAUCGAAGAUCGAAAAUGGAAGGAAGUGGUUUCAUCUUUCAACUUUCCUCCUUCUAUCACCAGUGGCUCGUUUGCUCUCAGGAAGUACUAUCUCUCAAUUCUCUAUUCUUUCGAGCAGGUUUAUUACCACAAUAAGCAACUCCCUCCUCGUCCAUUGAUUGAAUAUUAUAGCCCCGCGACUGGUCAUGCAACUGCACUAACUAUUCACGACGGUGGUACUGGCAGUUCAGAUGUUAAUGAUAUACCAUUAACCGUGACUUUGCCAUCUGGAAGCUCAGUGUUUGGCACGAUUGAUGCUAAAUUUGAAAACGGAUACUUAAUCACUGUCAAUUUCGGUUCUCAGAAAUUGAAAGGUGUCCUUUAUCAUACUCCUGAUGCUGUGCCAAACGCUGAACAUGUUUCUAGUGGUAGUACUUUAGUACCACUACCAAUACCAACACCACCAACAACAAUUGGGCGUCGUAAGAAGAGGAAGAAAAAUCAAUCGGAUCCAUCUCUACCUAAGCCUAAAAAGAGUGGCUACAAUUUCUUCUUCUCCGAGCAAUACAACGCACUGAAAGCUUCUUAUCGCGGGCAAGAGAGAGCCAUGACUAGGAAGAUUGGAUUAAUGUGGAACAAACUCACCGAUUCUGAGAAGCAGGUUUAUCAAGAGAAAGGAAAAGUAGACAAGGAGAGGUUCAAAUCUGAAAUGAAUUUUUACAAAUCUGUUACAAACAACAAGGAGCAGGAAGAGGAGGCUGUUCCUCCACAAUAAACUGGCUGGUUAGGACAGAAGAAGAAGUCAGUAGUUUUCACCAGAUGUGUUGUUUUAUUAUGUUUAGUUAUUGUCAUUGCAAGAAAAGUUAAGAGUUUACUUAUUUACCUACCCUAUACAGAGAAUUUACCAGACAAUGUUUGUUUGUUUGUUUUGUACUUCCAUUUCGUUCAUGUCAAAUCCUUCAGGGGAAUUUGUCUUUUAACAGAAACAAACAAACUAACUAAAUAGUGAAAUGAAAAUCAAGUUAGAU